AUGGCUGGAACAACCAAUGGGCUCCAUGUCGACGCCUACCUACCCAAGAAUACUGGGCUCUUUUAUGAUGGAUCUUUUCGAGAACCCAUUGAUGGCGAAUACAGAGACGUCAUCAGUCCAUGUACGGGCAAGUCCAUUACCAAGGUCGCUUUCGCUGGUGCAAAGGACACGGUGGCUACCCUGGAAGCAGCAGAGAAGGCGUUCCCUGCAUGGAGCACCACGCCUUCAAUUGUAAGGUGUAAGCUCCUUCGCAAGGCGGCCCAAGUGAUCCGCGACAAUGCCGAUGAAUUGGCCGCACUUGAUGCCUGGAAUGUAGGCAAUCCGGUGGCAAUCAUGCGCCAGGACGUGGAAUAUACCGCCGACAACUUCGAUCUGUUCGCGGGACUCGUACCCGCCGUGACGGGUGACACACAUCACCUAUCAGAGGAGACAUUUAACUACACGAUUCGAGAACCCCUAGGAGUGGUCGCGCGAAUCGUGGCGUACAAUCACCCGGUCAUGAUGCUUGGGAUGAAGCUUGCUAGUGCGAUCGCGGUGGGGAAUACCGUGGUGAUUAAAGUCGCAGAACAAGCCCCAAUCUCGGCGCUACGUAUGAUGGAACUCAUUGGACACCUCUUCCCUCCCGGAGUCGUCAAUGUGCUGGCAGGUGGAAGAGAGUGCGGCGCAACGCUGUCGAGUCAUCCAAUCGUCCGGAAGAUUACUCUGGUCGGUAGCGUGCCUAUCGGUCGUUUGAUCCAACGGGCUGGUGCGGACACUCUGAAAUUGACCACUUUUGAACUGGGCGGGAAGAACGCUCUGCUCGCCUACCCAGAUGCGGAUAUCCCACAGCUUGUCGAGGGUAUCGUCCGUGGUAUGAACUUUGCUUGGUGCGGCCAGUCAUGUUCAUCAACCUCACGCAUCUUCCUGCACGAGUCCUUGUAUGAUAAGGUCCUCGAACUUGUGGUAGACAAGGUCCGCACGAGCUACAGACCCGGCAAUCCACUCGACCCCGACACUACGAUGGGAGCCCUCGUGGACCGAAAUGCCCUAAAUAGGGUUCAGAAAUAUAUCGAGAUUGGUAAGAGCGAGGGAGCCACCUUGGUCCUAGGCGGAGCCGCUCAAGAUACGCCUCGAGAUGGCUUCUACAUGAUGCCUACAAUCUUUGGGGAUGUCCGAUAUGACAUGCGGAUUGCUCAGGAAGAGGUGUUCGGGCCAGUCAUGUGCGUUUUGAAGUGGAAAGACGAGCAAGAAGUAUGGCGGCAGAUCAAUUCGGUGGAAUACGGAUUGACGGGCGCGAUAUACACCUCCAACAUUGCGACUGCACAGAAAGCAGUCAGGAAGAUGCAAGCUGGAUAUGUCUGGGUGAAUACGGUUACCACCCACUUUCUCGGCAUUCCAUUCGGGGGCUACAAGCAGUCAGGCAUGGGCAGGGAGCAUGGCCUCGAAGAGCUUUUCGAGUUGACUCAAUGCAAGGCGGUGCACGUGAAGCUCUCAUGA